UUUACAAGCUAUUAACCCUUCACCUUCACCAGUUGUCAGCGUCAUCUAUGCUAUUUCUCCCUUCUAUGAAAGGCCAUUUUCAACAUGACUUAUGCUCGAUAAUAUAUUACCUUGAAGAUCCUGUCGUGAGUGGUGCACGACAGUGGCAGCUGGGUUUCCACUUCUCUUCUUCUUCUUCUUCUUCUUCUUCUUCUUAUGAUUGGAUUUUCUGUAAUGGUAAGACCGUAGGUGUUCUGUAUAAUUUGGUCUCCCAACAAAUCAGUGAUUUGGAAUCAUCUCUUCCCUUCCGUUUCCUUUUGUUUAUGGAGAUUUACGCUUUCUUUCUCAUUUAUAGUCAACGCUUAUCUUUUUUCCCUUUAUGAUGGCACCCAUGCAUUUCAGAUGUUUUUAGCUAGUGAAUUCCCAACCUGUUUCAUGGGCUGGAAUCAUUCCAUGUGCUUAUAUUGGCCAUCAAACUGAGUGGCGAGUGUUGUACUUGAAAAGAAUGACAAGUGACAAUGGAGGAGGGAGAUGCGAAGGUUAGGGUUCAGAAACCCAUAACGGGUAUCGGGAAGCUUCGGAGAUGGAGGGAAUCCGAAUGUAGAGUGCGAAACGGUAGCAAACCCAAUGAAACGCACCAUAUCAUUUUCCACAUGGAUCCCGUCAGUUUUUCGUGCGCAACUUCCUGCGCAAGUCCCCUGCAUCCAUCAUUUUCCUUUUUCGGUUUUCCUCUGUUUUGGUUUGACCGCAUAAUUGCUCAAAGGGGAAAAAAAAGUUGUCAAGGGAAUCCGCGUUUCGUUGAGUCCUAAGAAAGAAACAACUGUUGUGGUUGUGAAGAAAACACCUCCUACUUCGUAAAAGAUGCUACAAUUUCGUAGGUUCCUGCAAGGAAAGAAGGAAGGAAACACUCCAUCGUAUACGUAGGAAACUGCUUGUUCUCCCCUAAUAAAUACAGCAGAGCAGAGAUAGACAAUCCUCCACAAUCACAAUCCUCAUCACACGUUUUCUCUAAAGUGGGUUGCGAUCCAAACACAUAAAAAAAAUAUUCCUUUUUGUAUGUUUAGAUACAAAGGACAGGCCGAGUUUGAAGAGCUCUGAAAAUUUUUUAGAGGAUAAGUAUAUAAUUUGUCCAGGGUUUUAAAUAGAGAGGAGAAAACGAAAACAAAAAAGGAAUCUCAUUUGGGCUUGAGAGAGAGAGACAGAUGGGGAACUGCUAUUCGGGCGUGGAAGGAGGAAAGCAACAGAGCCCCACAGCUACCAACAACAACAAUGCCGGCCACAACGACGCCGUUGAGUUCUUCUACAGGUCUCGGGGUCUCCAUCAACACUUCACCCGAGUCGAGUUAUCCCUAUCAGCAAUUAACUUGCGAGAUCGUGACAUCAUUUCAAAGAGUGAUCCCAUGGCAGUGGUAUAUGCGAAGAAUAUAGAUGGAAAACUAGAGGAGUUAGGCCGCACUGAGGUUAUACUGAAUAGCUUGAAUCCCACGUGGAUAGAAAAAGUUACAAUUGCAUUCCAGUUCGAGAUUGUACAGCCAUUGGUAUUUCAUGUAUAUGAUGUUGAUACCAAAUUUCACAAUAUACCUGUGAAGGAUCAAGAUUUUCUUGGAGAGGCCACGUGUGUUCUAUCAGAGGUACUUACCAAACAAAAUCAGAGUUUAACCCUUAAUCUUUGUAGUAAAAUUGGGCAUGUGGGUUUGAGGAACUUAGGGGUACUCACCAUCCAUGCAGAGGAAACAGUUGCAUCAAGGAGGGUUGUUGAGAUGAUGCUCCAUUGUUCUUACUUAGAUAACAAGGACAUAUUUUCUAAAAGUGACCCUUUUCUAAGAAUAUCUAGAAUUGUGGAGAGUGGAGGCUCCAUUCCAAUAUGCAAGACUGAAGUAGUAAACGACAAUUUAAAUCCAAAAUGGAAACCCCUAUGCCUGAGUAUGCAGCAGUUUGGAAGUAAGGAUAACCCAUUGAUUAUCGAGUGCUUUGAUUUCAAUAGCAGUGGCAAACAUUCGCUUAUUGGUAAACUUCAGAAGUCAGUGGCCGACCUGGAAAAACUUCAAGAAGGUAAAAGUGGUGAAAAUCUUACUAUAACAUCUCAUCAUGGUCACAAGAAGGUUUUGAAGGGAGAGCUCUUUGUGGAUCAAUUUUGUGAGAAGGAACAAUACAGCUUUCUUGAUUACGUUUGUUGUGGAUUUGAGCUUAACUUUAUGGUUGCAGUUGACUUUACAGCCUCAAAUGGAAAUCCUCAGAAUCCAGAUUCUUUACACUACAUUGAUCCUUCCAGCCAGUUGAAUUCUUAUCAGAAGGUUGAAGGAGUUGAAGGCAUCAUGUCUGCUUAUGCAAGUGCUCUACAUAAUGUUACUCUGGCAGGACCAACGUUGUUUGGCCAAGUGAUUAAAAGAGCUGCUCAAAUUGCAAGCCAAUCCGUUUCAUACAACAGCAAAAAGUACUUCGUCUUGCUCAUUAUUACGGAUGGAGUCCUUACAGACCUCCAAGAAACGAAAGACACUUUGGUGAAGGUAUCUGAUCUUCCACUAUCAAUUCUUAUAGUGGGAGUGGGAGGUGCAGAUUUUGGACAGAUGGAGGUCCUUGAUGCUGAUAAAGGACAACGAUUAGAGAGCUCUACAGAUCGUGUUGCUACACGUGACAUUGUAUAGUUUAUUCCAAUGCGAGAAGUUCAUGGUGGGCAGAUUUCUGUGGUCCAGGCGCUUUUGGAAGAGCUACCAGGACAGUUCUUGACGUACAUGCGGUGCAGAGAUAUCAAGCCACGCCCUCUCCAUGAAGCCCAAGUGUCUGGUACUUGAGUAUAAGUACCAACUCCACAAAAGGUCGAUAUAUAUCGACGACACACACAGGUUGGAUAAGGGUCAAAUAAGGUAUGAUAUAUACCGCUGAUCAACAGCAAUUGCCAAGGUUUUCUAAAGGCUAUCCCACCGAUAGAUUGACCUGCCUGAAAGUAGGUAUUGUUUCCUUUUUCCUUCGUGGGUGUGGGCAAGGAGUUACAGUUUUAAUGCCAAGAAUGAAAUAGGAGGGUAUAUGAGAUUGUUCGAUGUCCCUCUCUCCCCCAUUGAAAGAAACCCCCACCGAGAACCUCUUCUUUUGCUCCAAUUUUUCUUUUAAUCCACUCGAGCCAUUAUAGGCCAAAUACAUUGUAUUUCAUCUAUUCCACAAUCUCACUUGCACACCACCAAUGGAAGCGUCAAUUCUUCAUCAACCUUUUCCACCAUCCAAACGAAGUCUUCCGCAUGUGCGUGGUUGUCAAAAGCCAUUUGCUGCACAUGUAACAAUCACCACAUGCAUGCCGCCCAUAUGGUAUUGAUUUUGGCCUUUUUUUAAAGCCACUCUCUUCUAGUUGGCCGUUGGUUGGCUUACUAGCAUUUUUUUCCUUAUUUUCUUGAUUUUCAGUCUUUUAUUUUAAGAAAUUUGAACUUCAAAUCUAGGCUUUAAUUGCAGCCAUGCAUGCACCACCCAAAUGUCUCCUCAUUCAAUUUACGACUCACUCUUCUGCUAUUUUGAUCAAUGCGCGUAUGAGCAAUACGUGGUGUCGUUGUCUGUACAUGCAUGGUCCUCAUGUACCACCACACCACCACAAUGUACUCUCCCCUUCACGGCUCUACCUGAUCUAUACCUACAAUUCUUUUAACUUUUAUCUCGUUGUUUUUCUUCAACUAUGGGAUCAAACUAAUUAUCUGAUACCAAUUUUCGAGUCGUGUUUAUUUUCUUGUCUUAUCAGUUUUUUUAGGGUGAUUGAUGGGAUAUCCCAUCCCCUCAAGUUGUAUUCAUAUUUUCUUUACUAAUGUAAUAAUUUUGUCCCCAAAAAGGGGAGCAUAUAUUCAAAGAAACUGGUAAGUGUAUCAAUAUUAUUUGACUGUGAGCUUUACACCAAGUUUUUCUCUUAUAA